AUGGGUAAAAAGAUCAAGCUUUUACCAUCGCAGCCCCGGGGUAAGGAUGACACCAAGCCCUCCCCGAAUAACGCCAUGAAGGGACUGAACUUGGUUACUGCUAAGGUUUUGGAUUCUGAGGUUGCCCUCGGCGCUCCUCUUUAUACACUUUUUGGUCGUGAGAUUCCCACUGAAUCUGACGUGCCUAUCCAUGAUGAAGUCCAACCUAUUUUAGAGCAGUUUGCUGAUAUAUUCCCUGAUGAUCUCUCAGAUAGAUUACCUUCACUUAGGAAUAUUCAGCAUGCCAUAGACUUUGUUCCUGGAGCCUCACUCCCGAACCUGCCCCAUUAUCACAUGAAUCCUAUUGAGCUCGCUGAGCUUAAGAAGCAGGUAGAGGAGUUACUGAAGCAAGGGUUCAUCGAGGAGAGUCUUAGUCCAUAUACAAUACCAGCCCUUCUUACCCCUAAGAAGGAUGGGACCUAG